AUACCAUCUACCUCCCUCCCUUAAACCCUGAACCCUAAUUCACGCCCUCCCAUUCCCCAUUUCCCAUUCCCCAUUCCCCACUCUCUUUUCUCUCUCCUCGAAUCAUACUCAACAGCAACAAUGAGACCUCCAAGAGGCGGCGGUAGCUUCAGGGGUGCUCGAGGCGGUUUCGGACGCGGCGACCGUGGAGGUCGUGGGGGCGGCGGUCGUGGUGGGUUUGGUCGUGGGGGCGGCGGUCGUGGCGGUUUUCGCGAUGAAGGCCCCCCCUCAGAAGUCGUCGAAAUUUCGACGUUUGUUCAUGCGUGUGAGGGAGAAGCAGUGACGAAGCUAACACACGAGAAAAUACCCUACUUUAAUGCUCCUAUUUACCUGAAGAACAUGACUCAAAUUGGCAAAGUUGAGGAAAUUUUCGGCCCAAUUAACGAAUCUUUUUUUUCUGUGAAAAUGAUGGAAGGAAUUGUUGCGACUUCAUAUGCUCCUGGGGAUAAAUUCUACAUUGACCCUGCAAAGCUGUUGCCUUUGGCCAGAUUUCUUCCACAGCCUAAGGGAGCUUCAAGAGGAGGUGCUAGUCGUGGUGGUGGGUUUAGAGGCAGGGGUGGUCCCGGUGGCAGGGGGGGUGGCUUUAGAGGAAGGGGUGGCCCAAGCCGUGGAAGAGGUCCUCCAAGAGGCCGUGGCGGUUUUAGAGGAGGCAGAGGAGGAAGAUUUUAGGACUAUUGCUUGUGGUAAAGUUCCAGGAUUUGUCCUUCAUGUCCUUGUAUUUUGGUACCCGUAUUUAGUAAAAGCACUGAAUGCUAAUAUGUAGUUGAAUUUUGGUUUAGUGGAUUCCCUUGUUUUCUAGUAGCAUUCACAUUGUUUUGCAUUCAAAUAUAAUGUGAUGUGUACGUUUGCCCACUGCUGUUAUGUUGUGAUUAUAAUGGAGAAUGAAUGUCUUUUCCAAUGAUAACACAA